CCAACACUCCCUUCAACCAAAACCAACACCCUCAUGAAACAACGCUGCAUAACCAUAACCCAACCAUCAAAACCAUCCAACAACAACAACUUACACCUAUCAUAUGACACACAUCAAGCAGCAUUAAAAUUAAACAAAAUGAUAAACCUAGAAGAACAUAAUAAUUUUUCGUCCUUUCAAUCAUCAUCUUCUUCUUCUUUUGGCCUUAGAACAGAGAAACUUGGAAAGAGGUGGAUGCAGUACCAAGGCAUGAGCAAUUGGGACGGUUUGCUUGACCCAUUGGACGAAAAUCUACGUUCUGAAAUACUACGGUACGGCCAUUUCGUAGAAGCUACGUAUAAAUCCUUUGAGUUUGACCCUUGUUCCUCCAACUACGGAAACUGUAGGUUCCCAAAGAGCACACUUUUCGAACGUUGUGGUUUACCUAACACAGGGUACAAGGUAACCAAACAUCUACGCGCAACCUCAGGGAUUCAACUACCUAGUUGGGUUGACAAAGUACCAAGCUGGGUCGCAACUCAAUCAAGCUACAUCGGUUACGUGGCAGUGUGUGAAAACAAGGAAGAGAUCAAAAGACUUGGUCGGCGAGACGUUGUCGUUGCAUAUAGGGGAACCACCACGUGCUUGGAAUGGCUCGAGAACUUACGCGCCACUCUCACCAACCUCCAAAAUAUUCCAUGCAAUAAAGGGGCCAUGGUGGAAAGUGGAUUCUUGAGCCUCUACACGUCAUCACUCUCCUCCACGAACCAAUCGUUCAUGAGUUUGCAAGAAAUGGUGAAACAAGAGAUUUCACGGAUCCUCCAAACCUACGACGGAGAACCGCUGAGUCUCACCGUCACCGGCCAUAGCCUCGGGGCGGCAUUGGCCACGCUCACGGCGUUUGACAUCAAAACGGCCUUCCCUCUCCAGCCGGUGACGGUGAUCUCCUUCGGUGGUCCACGUGUCGGGAACCGGAGCUUCCGGCGGCAGCUUGAGAAUCAAGGGACGAAGGUUUUGCGCAUAGUGAACUCCGAUGAUGUUAUUACCAAGGUACCAGGUUUUUGUUUCGACGAUGACGUGGCGCGCAAUGAAGGGCUCCACGUGGCUGGUAUUCCGAGGUGGUUACAGAAGAGGGUGGAGGAGGCACAGUGGGUGUACGCUGAGGUUGGGAAGGAGCUUCGGUUGUGUAGCAGGGAUUCUCCGUACCUCGGAAGCACGAAUGUCGCCACGUGUCACGAGCUGAACACGUAUCUUCACCUCGUCGAUGGCUUUGUCAGUUCCACGUGUCCGUUCAAAGCCACCGCGAAUAGGUUCCUUCCGCGGUGA